GAAUGAAACAUAUCUGAAGUUUAUGCGUCGAAUCGUGUGUUCUUUGUUGGUGUCUGUGUCGCUUUUCGUUCGCUUAUCGGUUUUUGCAAUUGUCCUKUAAAAUAAAAAUAUACAACUUUAGAUAUCAAGUGUUUGACUGCCAACUUAAAUAAGUUAUUCUAUAAGUUAAUUUGUGUGUUGCCGUGUUCAUAUAUAUUAUUUUUAAGAGAAAAGUACAAUACAAAAGUUUACGGCAAAUGUCUACAAGCGUUUCGGAGCAGAUGAAAGCACCUGGAAAUACUGCAAAAAAUGUAGAGGAACGAAAUAUUCCCUGGAGUCAGCAAGUAGAUGAAGCUUCCUAUGAAAAUUUAUCAUCUACUGGUGAUGAAAAUGCAUAUUCUCACCAGAGUUCAAUGCAGUUUCAAUAUCCCCCUUUCAAUAUAAAGGAGAGUCAACAUGUUUCCUGGAAUAACCAAAAGCCUAGAAAACAAAACAGUUUUGACUCCGUUAAAAAGAAUGGGAAGCCAGGUAGUUUUAACCAUACGAAAAGAGAUGACUUUCUGUCAAAUUCAUGGGGGAAUCAGAAAAAAGGGAAACAUAUGACCGACAAUCCUUCAAACAUUAACAGGGCCAUCAGAACAGAAAAUAUGUAUACAAUGGGUAAAUACGAGAACAAAGCGAUUAUAAGUGCUCCGAAUGAGGAUAAGAAAACAGUUACGACAGCUUCUGUGGUACCCAAAAAGACGACUUGGGCGUCAAUCGCUUCGCAGCCAGCAAAAUCGGCUCUAAGGACUAAUCUUUCAACAUUAAGUCAUAAAAAAAAAGGGCCAGGCAUGCCUCCUCCACCAAUGGUACCGGGAAAACAUAACUUGGAUGUUAAUACAUGGGAAUUGCCAAACAACAAUCCUCCUCCUGUACCAUCUCCAUCCCCGUCGACUGAUAAAUCAUUUACUGAAGUUGAUCCCAAUUAUACAGUCGGAGUUGGAUGUGAUUAUGAAAUAGAAGAGAAGGCCGACCGAAGUCACAAAGGGAAUCAAUAUAUUCGCGAAGAAAAUAAAGUAAAUUACAAUAAUAGUAAUUAUGGACGCACGCGAACUUCACCUACAAAUAAUUCGCGUAAGAACUGGUCUUUACAGAUCUUGGAACAAAAUAAUCGGGGGCCUGGAAAUACAAACUUAGGUCAUAUUCGUCGAUCCGAUAAUAAUAUUGGAAAUUGUGGUUAUCAAAGUCGAUUCACGGAACGUAAAAACUAUACUCGUUUAACGGAACAAGAAUCUACUAUAAAAGAUAGUGCUGAACGAAGUAUUAAUUCAUGCCAGAAUGUUGACGAAAUAACUACAGAAGUUUCAAAUGCAGUGCUUGAAAAACUAUAUGAUAAAAACAAUUAUAAUCCAUUGGAAAUUGACUUGAAUAUUGCAACUUCAGCAAGAUUCUUUGUUAUUAAAUCAUAUUCCGAAGAUGAUAUUCAUCGAAGUAUAAAGUAUGAAAUUUGGUGUUCAACUGAUCAUGGCAACAAACGACUAGAUGAUGCUUUUAAAGAACGUCAAAAGGAGGGAGGGCAAGUUCUUCUCUUCUUUUCUGUAAAUGGUUCCGGUCAUUUCUGUGGAAUGGCUCAAAUGAUUACCGCUGUUGACUAUAAUUCUACAUCAAGCGUAUGGUCUCAAGAUAAGUGGAAAGGAAAGUUCAAAGUGAAGUGGAUUUACGUGAAGGAUGUUCCAAACCUUAAAUUAAGGCACAUACGUCUAGAAAACAAUGACAAUAAAUCUGUUACAAACUCACGCGACACUCAAGAGGUGCCUAAUGCUAAAGGUAUCGAAGUUCUUCAAAUACUCCACUGUUAUAAGCAUUCUACAUCCAUUUUUGACGACUUUUACCAUUAUGAAAAAAAACAAGAAGAGGAAGUUUCAAAGAAGCCAACUUCUUACGAUAAUGUAACAACGACUCCACCUAUAAGUAGACAUUAUAGUCGCCAAAGUGAUGAUCGUGAUAGGGAAAGAGAUAUUCGAGUAACUGUUGGGUCUCAAAAAUUUUUCACUAGUGGUACCGCCAGUUUUCGUGAACGAAAUAAUUCUUAUCGAGGAAAUUUCCAUAACUUUAAUGAACAGCGUCGAAAUGAAAGCCAUAAAAUGAACUUAUCUUCAGAUUCACAGCAAAAAGAAAGAGAUGAAAGAGCUGAUACUGAGGUAGAUAGGGAUAAUAAUGAAUAUGGAUGUCGAUAUGGCUCUAAGCUCGAUUAUAUUCAACGUUCCAAGCACAACAGGGACCGUGAUUUAUGUGAAAAAGAAGUAAGAUAUCGGUCCUCAGCUAAAGAAACGUUAAAAGACAACGAAUAUGGCUACUGAUAAUACACGACACACAGUUGACUAAAAUGAUUAUUAACUUUGCGCAUAUUAUUACGAGAUAAAUCAGUAAUACAAUGAAGAAAAAAUUAUUGAACAAUAUAUUAUGAAGAGUUCAAUUACAUUGCUUUUUUGGUAUAAACUUUUUUAGUUGACAUAGUUGUCCUAAUAUUCGAAUCUUUACGUAUAAAUUAAAUUAUUGAUUUUCCAUAAAACCAAUUGAUUAAAGAGAUUUAAAUCGUCUUUCCAUUAAGGUACUCUGUAAUUAAUAGAAAACUUAUGAGUUGACCAAAGCAUUCCAUAGUGAACGAAAUUACCAAUCUGGUACGGAUUAAUUAAUUACUUCAGAUCGAA